GCAAAACUGCACUAUAAAUUUCCAGGCUGGCUCGGCCGCCCGGCUCCGCGCGGAGCGGCUCUCCGCGUACAGUACAGUAUUUCUGCCAUCUUUGUUUGCAUUGCAGUGAGUCAUCAAAAGUCUGUCUUGUACCAACACCCGGAGCCGCGCAUUCCUCUGGCACCGGCGCUCCGCUGUUUUCAGAGCCGGGGCCGGGAGCUGGCAUUUGCCUCGGCUCCCGAAUCAAAGGCAGCUAUUCAUCCGCGGGAGCUGCCUGCAUGUCCGUCUGCAUCCGGCCCCUUCAUUUAGAUGCUGCGCGCUGCCCGGGGGAGCCGCCGGGCCGGUGCAGCUGAGCCGCGGCCGCCCAGCCCAGCGCCGAGACUCGCUGCCCCCCUCCCCCUCCCCCUCCCGCUCCUCCUCCUCCUCCUCCUCCUGCUGCUCUCCGGGCUCCUCGCGCCCUCCCCGCCCCAAGGGCUCCCGCUCCGUUUGCUGCAUUCCCGGAGCAGCUGGCGGCUGCGGGCGGCCGGCGAGCGGGCGAGCCUGCCCCUGCCAGGCUGAGCGGGCAGUGCGUGCGGGGCCACCGGCGGCGGCCGCCAAAGAUGUGCCCGCUCGGGCCCCUCCCGCGCUGAGAGCCCGAGGCGCCACCCGCCCGCCCGCCAUGUCUCAGAUGCUGCACAUUGAGAUCCCCAACUUCGGGAACACCGUGCUGGGCUGCCUCAACGAGCAGCGCCUGCUGGGCCUCUAUUGCGAUGUGUCCAUCGUGGUCAAGGGCCAGGCCUUCAAGGCCCACCGGGCCGUGCUGGCCGCCAGCAGCCUGUACUUCCGCGACCUGUUCAGCGGCAACAGCAAGAGCGCCUUCGAGCUGCCGGGCACCGUGCCGCCCGCCUGCUUCCAGCAGAUCCUGUCCUUCUGCUACACGGGCCGGCUGACCAUGGCGGCCAGCGAGCAGCUCGUGGUCAUGUACACGGCCGGCUUCCUGCAGAUCCAGCACAUCGUGGAGCGCGGCACGGACCUCCUGUUCAAGGUGAGCUCGCCCCACUGUGACUCGCAGACGGCCGUGAUGGAGGACGCCAGCUCCGAGCCCCAGAGCCCCUGCACCCAGCUGCAGCCGGCCGCGCCCGGGCCCCCCUACGUCGUGUCCCCGUCCGUGCCCAUCCCGCUGCUGACCCGCGUGAAGCACGAAGCCGCCGAGCCGCCGCCGCCGGCCGCCGGCCCGGGCCUGGCGCCCAAGCGCCCGCUGGAGUCCGGGCCCCGGGAUGGUGCCGCGGUGGCGGCGGGCACCGCUGCUGUGGCGUCCGGCGCGGCUCCUCUCAAGCUGCCCCGGGUCUCCUACUACGGGGUGCCCAGCCUGGCCACCCUCAUCCCCAGCAUCCAGCAGGUGCCCUACUCCCAGGGGGAGCGGACCAGCCCGGGGGCCAGCAGCCUGCCCACCACCGACAGCCCCACCUCCUACCACAACGAGGAAGACGAUGACGACGAGGCCUACGACACCAUGGUGGAGGAGCAGUACGGCCAGAUGUACGUCAAGGCCACCGGCAGCUACGCAGUGCCGGAGAAGCCGGAGCCGGUGCCGCUGGAGAGCCGCUCCUGCGUCCUCAUCCGCCGCGACCUCGUGGCCCUGCCGGCCAGCCUCAUCAGCCAGAUCGGGUACCGCUGCCACCCCAAGCUCUACUCGGAGGGGGACCCCGGCGAGAAGCUGGAGCUGGUGGCAGGCUCCGGCGUCUACAUCACGCGCGGCCAGCUGAUGAACUGCCACCUGUGCGCGGGGGUGAAGCACAAGGUGCUGCUCCGCAGGCUCCUCGCCACCUUCUUCGACAGGAACACGCUGGCCAACAGCUGUGGCACCGGCAUCCGGUCGUCCACCAGCGACCCGAGCCGCAAGCCGCUGGACAGCCGAGUCCUCAACGCUGUGAAACUGUACUGCCAGAACUUCGCGCCCAGCUUCAAGGAGAGCGAGAUGAACGUGAUCGCGGCGGACAUGUGCACCAACGCCCGCCGUGUCCGGAAGCGCUGGCUGCCCAAGAUCAAGUCCAUGCUGCCCGAGGGCGUGGAGAUGUACCGCACGGUCAUGGGCUCCUCGGCCGCCAGCGUGCCCCUCGACCCCGAGUUCCCGCCCGCCGCGGCGCAGGUGUUCGACCAGCGCCUGUACGCGGCCGAGCGGCGGGCGGACGCGGCCGCCAUCGUGGCCCUGAGAACUGACGCCGUGAAUGUCGACCUGGGCGCCCCCGCCAACCCCGCCUUCGAAGCCGGCGAGGAGGCGGAGGGGGCCGGCUCCGUGAUCCAGGAGGUGGCGGCGCCCGAGCCGCUGCCCGCCGCCGGCCAGAGCCCCCCGCAGCCCUUCGAGCCGGGCAGCGGCAGCGCCAGCCGGCCCCAGACGCCUGCAGCCCGGAGACCCGAGGGCUCCUACGCCGGGACCUUGUAGAGGGGCCGCGCACGCGCCGGGACCGGUACUAGCUGCUUGCAUGCGUUACUAAUACAGACCAAUGUGAUCAAGCCACUUACCUACUGAACUGCUGUUGCCUGAAAAAAAUGUGAUUUUUAUUCUGCUUGUAUUUAAAAUUUACGAAGGAAACUUGCAUUCGUGACACUGUAAACAGUUAGGCCCCUGGCUGCCGAGUUGCGAGAAAGGCCCCCCCGGGCCCCCUUUCCCUGCACGAGGUCAGCCUCCAAGUGUAGCUUCCCCCCUUCUCGGGGAGGGCGGGCGAGGCCGCCAGGCCCUGGGGCCCGGCCCUGCCCGAGCCGCUCCCUUCCCGCCCCUCUUCCGGGACGAAGCCAGGGGCCGGUGGCGUGGGGACCCCCGUCCUUACCUGUGAGGAACCCGCCUGCCCCACUGGGGCCACAGCCAGGGCUGGGCCCCCAGGGGCCAAACUCCUUGUUUUUCCUUCUUCCCGAGACCCAGGAUCGGGCCUGCCGGGUCUGCGUGCGAGUGGGGUGUGUGAGUGUGCGAGCGUGUGGGGGGGGCUGUGCGUGGGGAGCAGCGUGGCAGACGGCGAUGGGUCUUGCCGUCCCUGUGAGCGGGGAGCGGGGCCCUGGCUGUGCCCGCCCUCCGGCCCCCGCCGCCCCUCGGUGCACCUGGGCCCCCCGGCUCCCGCCCGCUGCCCACGGUCCUGCGGAUGGGGCCGCCCCCCGGGUACCCCGCCCCCCGCCUUGUCGGGAUUGUGUUUGUUCGUUCAUUUGUUUCCGUUUGAAUUCAGAUCCGUUUCAUACAUGGUGUGGAAACUUUCAGACCCAAAAGAGCAAAAAAUUAGGGAGGACUGGGUGUGCUUGCCCCCAGCCUGCCACGGCUCGGGGCAGGCCAUCUGUCUACCACGUCUCCCCCUCCCAGGCCGGGCUUUACUCGCCUCCUGUUGGGGGCAGGGGGUCCCCAGAAGCGCAGAGUGAGCGGUGAGGUGGAGGCCACUCGGGGGCCAGCCUGGCAGGUGGGGGUCCUGCCUGGUGCGGGCAAGGGGCCAGGCUGGGUUGGCGUGGGGCCCCCCUCCUGUGCUCUGACUCAAGGUGUGCCCCACUCCAAGGCCGCAGGGGUGAGGGCGGUGGGCACAGGCCUGCGCUGGGGCGGUUGCCGGGGCGCCCAGGGCGGAGGUGCGGGGGUUCUGGGAGGCCCAGGGCCCGGGGCGGGCAGUGAGGAAGGGCCUGCAGAAGUUGUUGGUCUGUUUGAGGUUGAAAUGUUCCUUUUGAAGUUUAGCUGCUGGUUUUGGGGUGGUGGUGGGGGGACAUGGGUUGUCGGAAGUACUCCUGUAGCCACUUGCCCUGGGUGCUGUGUCCGUGUCCAGGGCCACCUGCCUCCCCAGUCCCAGGCAGCCCCGGAAGUGGCCAUAGAUACGGCCCACCCCCCUUCCCAGACUGGAAGGGGUUGGAACAGCGCCGGGCUCUGGCCCUCCGCCUGUGGGUGCACACAGGGCUGGGCAGGCGAGGCUCAGCCCCACUCAGGACCCACAAAGCUGAGCCUCACCAGCUGCAGGGCCACGUGGGGGGG